AUGUAAUAACCUCUUGAAGAUAUAGAUUAAUUUAUACUUGGCUUCAAUAAUUAAACAAACAACUCAUUAAUUUAGCCAAACAUCAAUCAAGAAUAGCUCUUAGCUUAGAAUGCUAGACUAUUAUAACAAUUACAUGAAUAAUAAAGGAUGCUUAAUUUAUAAAAUCUUUUCACUUAAAACAUGCUCUAAACUCCAUAUCUUAAUUAGUAAUUCAUACCUAACAGCAAAAAGAUUAAGAAAGCUAAAUCUACAUUAUAACAUAUUUAAUCUAAUGCUAGUUUAAGAGACUAACAACCUUAAAUUUAGGAAAUUAAAGGGAAUGUUAAAAAUGCUUAUAUAAAGAAAAUAACAUCAUUAUUAAGUGUUAAAGGAGACAAUUUGCUUGAUGAAGAAUUACAAGAGGAUUUAUAAGAAGAUAGUUCUUCUGAAGAACUUUUAAAAGAUAAAAGAGGUGGAUUGGCAGGAUUGUUAGGCUCAGCAAAUGAUUUAUUGAAUGAGGAAUGUAAAAACAAACGUUUAAGAUAGAGUGCUAAAAAAUCAAGAUUAAGAAAGAAAGUUUAUUUGAAGUUGUUAGAAAAAAAAGUAAAAAAAGGUUCUUAUUUUUAAGGUUUCUGAUUUGGAUGAGAAAAUACAAGAAUACAAAAAAACAACCAAGAAAUCAUUUGAAUAUCUAACUUCAUUAUUGAUUUCACAUCCUAUACUUAAUAGUAUGAUUAUUGGAAGUUCUAAUGCAAUUGAUUAGAUUAUACAAUGCAAUUAAUCUGAAUAAGCAUAAUUGGUUAUUGAUUCAUAUAUGGUAAUAUUAUAUAGAAACUAUAGUUUAGAUGAGAUAUGGAACUUGUGGAAUUAAAAGAAAAGAUUAUAUGAAAUAUGCAAUCAAAAAUAUCCAAAGAAACUUUUUAAAAGGAAAUUAUGGAUUAUUGUUAAUUAGUACCAUUGAUGGAGGGAACACUUGUAAUUGAACAAAUUAAUUUAGAUGAUGAGGAAUUCAAUAAUUAUGUUGAGAUUGUCAAGAAAUUUACAAAAAUAGAAGACAAUAAUUUAAUAUAUAAUGUACUUCCAAUUAUAGAUAAAUUAUUGAAUCAUCGUAAAAUAUCUUAAAAGUUUAUUGUAUAUUAAAUAUUUUAGGUAUUUACUCCAAUUAAACAAAGAAAUGAAGAAUUUGAAAUUAAUUUAAUAAGAUAUAGAUGAGACUGUGAGUUAAUUCACAUAAUAAUUGUCAUUUAUGCAAAUGGUGGAAUUUAUCAAAGAAGUUGAGCGAUUGCCAAAUUUUAAUAGAUCUCAGUUUUGA